AUGCCGAGUUCGAAGAAGGAUAGGAAGAACGCGAAAGAUGGUGCUGUCACCGCCGCGGUGACGAAACUCGCCGCGGGCAAGUUCGCAAAUGGCAGUCCCUCAAAGAGCCCUCCCUCCGAUUCAUCGUCGCCUCCUGUAAAUUCUCCCGAUAUCCGACCCAUAGCCCAAGACCCGUCCCCCUACGAUGGGCACCCCGCCGUCUCGCCGUCUCUGGAUGCUCUUUCCACAACCUCCGUCUCGGCUGCAAGCACAACCAACGACUGGGCAAGAGGAGCAGGCCUCGCCGGUUCUCCGAGCAACUUGAUCAGUCUUAUGGGCGAGUCGCCCCCAACCCAGCCUUCCUCCUACGAGGAUUCUGGUCGUCUCCGCCACGGAUGGGCCGUCCAGCGCCAGCCCCUGACCCCCCAAACCGCCUCGCCUUCCCCUCCCAACAGCAUGCCGAACCACAUGAAGCGGCCCCUCAGCUUCCAGAUGGACGCCCAGUUCCCCCUUGAGGCCUACCACCACCCCACCGCCGCUGCUGCAUACCGCCGCAGCUCCAUGCAGUCUCAACUGUCCCACGCGAGAGCCGCCCCGCAACCUCCGCUCCCCCACCAGGCCCAGCCCCAUUUCUAUGGUGCUCCCGACAUCGACUUUGAUAUGGCUUCCACGCCCGGUAUGAAGGCCGGCGAUAAAGGCUACUACUUCGGCUUUGACACCCUCCCCGCCCCACACACCGAGUUCGUGCCCGGGUCGGCCAACGUCGUGCUGGCCGGCUACGAGGGUGGCCUAGAAGUCUACUCGGUCACCAAGCGCGGCCUGGAUCGCGUCGCCGGUCUGAAAGGACUGCGAGGAGGCGUCUACGAUGCCAAAGUCUUACCCUGGUCCACUCCCGUCGGCAACCCCGACAACUCCCCGCUCGUCGCUGUCGUCGUCCACGGCCCAGUGCUGCCGCAGGCCUCCCCCGAGAUUGCGAUUCAAUCUGCCAACGAGAGCGUUGCCGAUGACAGAGCCGACACGCCCGGCAGUCCUCGGACGGACGGCAGCCAGAAGGGCGGCCCCUCUGGACGGUUCACGCCCGCCAUCGAGUUUUACCAAACCUCGGUCGAGCUAUACUCUCUCAGGACCGGCAAACUAGGCGACGUGCUUCUUCAAGCCCCCAAAGUCCCUCUGCCGACCCCGGUCACCAGCCCCAUCUUCAAGGCACCGCCUCCGACCGGCGCCUUCACCAUCAAGGCCGACGCUGGAAACUUGGUUGUCGCUUCGGGCACGAGCGGGGAGUGCUGGAUUUACCGCGCCAUCGUGGGUUCCAAUGAGAGCACCACCAGCCGCUUCGGUUGUGUUGGCAAAAUCUGGACCAGCGUUCAGCAGCCUCCCAGAGGCGAGGUUGCCGAGGAAGCAGAGAGGCGCCACUCACCUGCGCCCCCGCGACCAAGCCCGCAAACCCCAAUCCUGUCACUUAACGGCAAAUGGGUUGCCUAUUGCCCUCCUGCGGCUUCAUCCCAGAUUGCCCUCCGUGCUCACGUCCCGGUGCCCCUUCUGGGCAAAGCCCCUGGCAUCUCCUCGGUAACCUCACCCGUGCUCCCCGCGGUCACCGGGUCCGUCGACUCGCCCAUGGCCGAGAGCAUGGUCAACAAGAUCAUGCGCGAGACAACGCAGGAGCUGAUCUCUGGCGCGAAAUGGGUUGGCCAGCAAGGGCUGCAGGCCUGGAACUCGUACUGGAACAAGAACACGAACCAGACGCCAUCGUCGCAGUCCAGGUCGCCUCCGUUGACGUCCCAGCAGUGGGCUGGCUCGUACCCUCCACGUCACGAUGCGCCUCAGUUCCCCCCGACCCACGGCACACCUGGCCAGGCGGUGACUAAGGAUCCCGGCCUUGUCUCUAUUCUGGACAUGGACGGCUUACCAGCUUCCGCUACUCUCCAUCCGCUCAUCACCUUCGCGUCCCCGCUAGGCUGCAGCUUCUUGUCUUUCUCGCCGACAGGCCUGUCUCUGUUCACGGCCAGUGGCAAGGGCGAUGUGCAGACAGUGUGGGAUCUCAUGUGUAUCCAGUACACCAAGUCGUCGCCUCUUCAAGUGUCGGCCGCCACCAGUGCAGUCGGCCCGAGGGUCCGCCAGGUGGCACAGUUUUCGCGUAUGACGGUAGCUCGCAUCGUCGACGUUGCUUGGUCGAAACCUAACGGGGAACGAAUUGCAAUGGUGACCGAAAGAGGAACCGUCCACCUGCUCGACAUGCCGUCCAGCGCCUUCACCUGGCCGCCACCUCGCCGCCGCAAGGCAACGGAAGAAAACGGCGCUCCCUCGUCAGACGCGCCCAGCUCAGCCGUUUCGAUCGCUUCCAGUGCUUUUGGCGCAGCCUAUCAUGCCGCCAGACCUUUGAUCACUAGGCCGCGCAGGAGCAGCGUGAAUACCCAGGGCCUUGCCACCGGAGGCAACUUUGUCGACUCGGCGAGUGUCGGCGGGAGGGCUAUCGCUGCCAGCAUCAGCCAUUCCCUGGGCAAGACAGGCGUCGCCAUAAACCAGCUGCGUCAUACGGGAGAAAACCGCGUGUCUUUGCCGCAGAGCUCAGCGCUGCCGGCUUCGUCGUGCGUUGUGUGGAUCACUGGUAGAAAGUACCACACAUUGUACGUCGUCGGCGACGGCCUCGUCCGUUCGUUCCCGUCCAAGACUCGUCGUUCGCCCGCCGCGUCCAGCAAGCAGCGCGCGCCUCGGGGACUUCGCUACAAGGACUUUAAAGUCCCCGUCCUGCCUGACGAUGGCUUGUCUCCUGCAGUCCGCCAGUUUAUCGACUCGGACGAACACCUGGACCUGUCCGACAGGGAGAUGGACGCGGGCAAGACGCUGACCCUUGACCCGCGGGCCAGGCCGCUCCAGGUAGACCUGAGCGCGGAAGCCUCUAUCCCUCAAGCUGAGAUAGAGUCUAGCGCGCCAUACCAGCCUUUCCAUACCGACAGGCGCGUGUCGCUGUACGAAUAUGGAGGGCAGUCGGCGGCGGCCUUGCCGCCCUCGCUGGCCGCACUCAUGGCAGACACCACACUGGAGGACCAUGCGACGCCCAAACAGAAGAAGCGGCAGCAGCGCUCGCGUGCUCAGCACACCCCCAUCGAGACGGACUUGUCGCAACCCUGGGCUUUUGGCCAGCCACUCAACCUCAUCAAGCUCGACACGGGGCAUCACUCGAUCUCGGAAGAUGAAUUCAGCGUUUCGGAUGAUCAUCGUGCGCUGCCGCUGUCAUCGAUGGAGAGGGUGAUGCAUCGUGGAGAGAACGGCGACGAGAUCGUGGUGACGACGCGUCGUCGACGUGGGGCACGACACAUGGAGGACGAGGAUGGCUUUUUUGAGGAUGAUUGCGAAGUGCUCGACUUUGCCGAUCAGAGAGUUUGA